AUGAAGACCUUCGCUGCUUCUCUCGCUCUGCCCCUGCUGGCGGCUGCUGCUCCGGCCAUGCAAACCCCCGAGGGCAACCCUUCUUUCGGCGUGAUGGCCAUCCGCUCCGCCUCUCCCAUCCACUACAUGCAGAUGAACGCCGCAGGCCAGAAGUUCUGGCUGGGCGGCCAGACCUCCUCCUACUGCCCGGACCUGCAGGGUCUCGACUGCCCCGCGGGCAACCAGACCGUCAUCGUUGGUAGCGGCUGCGCCCUGGACGUUGAGGUCCCCGGCGGCCAACAAAUCUACGUCGACCCCUCUGGAGCUUUGAGCUUCACCCAGGCCCACUCUGCCUCCAUUCCCCCGGGCUCCGCCAUCGGUGGCUUCAAGUACGAGCCCGGCAAGCCUUGGUCUCACUACACCUUCAACGGCUGGGGCGCCAGUGGCUUCAUGGCUUGCCCCACUGACGACAACCGCUGGCAGGUGUUUGCGGCCAUGGAGAAUGCCACUGUUCCCUCCGGCAACGUUGAGGACUGUCUCGGUUUCUCCGCCAUGGCUCUGACCUACAAGGGUCCCGUCCCUGCCUGGCAGUACGUAUAG